AAAAAAGGUUUUAUGAAUAUUUAACUUACAUUUGAUCAGGAGUUUUGAAAACGUAUAGCAAAGAUUAUCCCAUGCAAAAUGUUUACGUUUGCUGUUCUGUUUAUACUUGUUCGAGUGGUUUGUACACAGGAGUGUUCAACAUGUCAGUGUUGUAAAGACGGCUAUCACCCGAAAUGUUCUAGUAGAGGCUACUGCAAUAAUGGGUGUAAAGUCGGAUAUUAUGGAGAAAAUUGUAACUACAAAUGUACUUCUCAGAAUUGCCUACGUUGUCGUCGAAAGUAUGGUCAUUACUGUUUAAAAUGUACGACCGGUUACUAUCUCAACAAUCAUAACUGUUAUGAAUGUGGACCACAAUGCAAAUCAUGCGCCUCAAACGGUUGCAAAACGUGCUAUGACGGCUACUGGGGAAAAACAUGUGAUGAAAACUGUGCACAAAUCUGUGCUUCGUGUAGAAAAUCGAAUGGGUAUUGUAUAUCCUGUAAACCUGGAUACUACUUUCAUCAUAGCAAAUGCACCACCUGUGGUAUACACUGUUUAGUAUGUGACACAAGAGGGUGUACAUCCUGUCAUGACGGAUACUGGGGAAGUUCAUGUGAUGGAAACUGUUCGCAAAACUGUGCGUUGUGUAGUAAAUCUAAUGGUUAUUGUCUGUCCUGUGAUUCUGGAUACUACUUGCAUCAUGGCAAAUGUACCACUUGUGGUACGCACUGUGCAGUAUGUGGCCAAAGAGGGUGUACUUCCUGUCAUGACGGAUACUGGGGAAGGUCAUGUGAUGAAAACUGUGCGCAAAAUUGUUCUUUGUGCAGUAAAUCGGACGGUUAUUGCCUGUCCUGUGCUUCUGGAUACUACCUUUAUUAUCGCAAAUGUACCAAUUGUGGUACACACUGUGCAGCAUGUGGCUCCAGAGGGUGUAUAUCCUGUCAUGACGGAUACUGGGGAAGUUCAUGUGAUAAAAACUGUGCGCAAAACUGUGCUUCGUGUAGUAAAUCGGAUGGCUAUUGUCUAUCCUGUAGACCUGGACACUAUUUGAACAAUACUUUGUGUUAUGCUUGUGGAACUCAUUGUUCUUCCUGUGAGUCAACCGGGUGUCAAGCUUGUUAUUACGGAUACUGGGGAAAAGCAUGUAGUUACAGUUGCGAAGAACGUUGUAGAGAAUCAAAAUGUGAACAGACAAAUGGUUACUGUUUGUCAUGUGUUCCUGGAUAUUGGGGGAACAAGUGUGAAUAUUCUUGCAGCCAGUACUGUUUCGCAUGCAACAAAAGUAACGGCGAAUGUAUAUCUUGUGAGAAUAGGAACUGGGAAAGUACAUGUGAUAGCAGUUGUCAACAACGUUGUAACGCACCAAAAGCGGAAAAACAAACAACUUCAAGAGCAGUUAUUGGUGGGGGUAUUGGCGGAGGAGCUGCAGCUCUUGCUGCCAUUCUGGUUGUUGGAGUGAUUUUGCUUCGACGAAGGUAA